AUUUUAGAAAUGUAUUGACAUUAACUUAAUAUAUUUUAUUAUUAUUAUGUAACAUUUUAUUCGUGGGUGUUUUAACAAAUUUUUCUUAUUGUUAUGGAAUCCCAGAUAUGACAAGUCAAUAAUAUUUAAACUAUACAUUAUCAAGUUGAGGUUAUGUCUUUGAUGAAACGUCAACUUUAGUUUAAAUUGUGUUAAAUUACAAAAGUGGGUGUUGGUGAUCAAGUGCAGCAAUGGCUAAAUCAUUAAAACAUAAAUUGGCCAUGGGACCGGGAACGUUGGAAAUUAAGCCGGAGCUGUUCAGAAUUAACAGGAAUCGUCUGGUGGAAGAUUUGAAGACCAAAGCUCCGAAUGGAAUUGUUUUCCUGCAAGGCGGCAGCGAAAUUCCAUUCUACGACACCGACACCACCUACAUUUUUAGACAGGAGUCGUAUUUCACCUGGUGCUUCGGCGUCACCGAAGCUGACUGUUACGGGGCAAUCGAUGUCAAUACUGGCGAGUCCUACUUGUUUGUGCCCCGCUUGCCGGAGUCUUACGCCAUUUGGAUGGGGCCGUUGCACAGUUUGGAGGACUUCAGCAAGAAGUACGAGGUUUCCCACGUCUAUUACAGCGACGAGAUUUCCACUGUUUUGAAAAAAAUCUCAGGAUCUGACACGGAACUGCUCGUAAUAUCUGGCGUGAACAGCGACAGCGGCUUUAGUUUCCCUCAACCAACCUUCGAAGGCAUCGAAGACUUCAAGAUCAACAAAUCCAUCUUAUUCGAUGUGAUCGCCAACUUGAGGGUGUACAAAACUGAUUUGGAAAUAGAAGUGAUCAAGUAUGUGGUGGAGGUUUCCUCCGCCGCCCACAGGAAGGUUAUGCGUUUCGCCAAACCAGGCUUGUACGAGUACCAGUGCGAGUCCGAGUUCCUGAACCACUGCUACAGUGUUGGGGGUUGUAGACAUGUCGCCUACACCUGCAUCUGCGGAACUGGCGUCAAUCCAGCCAUCCUCCACUACGGACAUGCUGGAGCCCCCAAUAACUACCCAUUGAAAGAUGGAGACAUUUGCUUGUUCGACAUGGGAGGAAGUUACUUUGGUUACGCCGCCGACAUAACUUGCUCGUUCCCAGCCAACGGCAAGUUCUCAGACGACCAGAAAUUGAUUUACGAAGCCGUCCUUGCCGCCAACUUGGCGGUGUUUAAAGCUGCCAAGCCCGGUGUUUCUUGGAGGGACAUGCACGUAUUGGCUAAUCGCACUUUGUUGGAGUCUUUGAAAAAAGGAGGGUUGCUGAAGGGUGAUGUACAGGAGAUGUUGGAUGCUGGUCUGGCCGCCACGUUCCAGCCACACGGUUUGGGUCAUUUCAUGGGUUUGGAUGUGCAUGAUGUUGGCGGAUAUUUGAACGGUCAUCCGGAGAGAUGUGAUAAACCAGGACUGAAGAGCUUGAGGACUGCAAGGGUUUUGGAUGAGAGAAUGGUUUUGACCAUUGAACCUGGCUGUUACUUCAUCGAUCCAUUAUUGGAUGCGGCUUUAUCCAAUGAGCAUUUGUCCAAAUUUUUGGUACCAGAAGUGAUUGAAAGGUUUAGAGGUUUUGGAGGAGUUAGAAUUGAGGAUGAUGUACUCAUAACUAAGGAUGGAGUUGUUAAUUUGACAAAAGUACCAAGAACCGUUCAGGAAAUCGAAGACUGGAUUGCUGGAAAGGAUGACGGAAAGUACUAAAUGAAAUAUGCCUUAAAAUAUUAUAUCUUAUUUGAAUUCCCAUAUAUCUUAUAUUUUGAAUAUUUUAUAAUGUAUAUUCAUAAUUUACAAUAAAUAUAUUUGCAUUAAUUUUGA